AUGGGCCUAGGCUUUGCUUUUGACAAGUAUCCGCCUUUGCCAGAGUUUCGGAUAUCAAGAUUUCUCGAUUACUACGGCGCUGCACUUUCCGGAGUAUCAUGUCCAUGGCGUGAGAUGUUCAACGACUCUAAUUUGGCCACGCUAAUGGAUCUGAUCGAUGUUCCGUUAUGUCAUAUUCCUGAACCUGUCAUCCGAACAUCAGUCGAAUGGCUCAACCAACAAGUUCCAGAGAGAUUACGCUAUCUCUUUGUAUUGUCGACAUUUAAUUAUAUUCUCUCUUAUUUGGUUACACCACCAGGAGGACUUCCCGAGGGUUUUGUUCCACAAGGUGCCAAGAUCGGUCCUCACAGGUCUAAGAUGGCAAUGUUUGUUACAUUAGCAAUGAUAUUGCGUAGCAAACCUCAUCUCUUGGCUAGGGUUUUGCCCUCUCUGAGGUUGAGGCGUAUGUAUAAAGGACAGGGCCAGUUUCAGCUUACACUCUGGUUGAUAACUCAGGCCUCCAAAGAUGAUUUAUCUCUAGGCUUGCUUUCAUGGGCGCAUAACUUGUUACCUCUAGUCGACAGCCAUCCUCAGUCAAAAGAUGCCAUCCUCGACUUUGUCGAGAAGAUUUUGGCCAAACCAGAUGAUCAUGCCAGAUUUUUAAAAGCUCCUCUUUGGGAGGGAAAGCAGCGGCUUAUUCCACCUCAUUCACUUGAGAUCUUGCUUCGGCUUGCAUUCCCUGCUUCAUCCGAGCCUACUACAAGUAGGUUUAAGGCAAUUUACCCCUUGCUGAAAAAAUUGGCCCUUCUCCGUACAAGAAAUAGCCAGCCAAUAGAAGAAAAUAUAUUCACUUUUUCUUUGAGAUUAUCUGGAGAAGAAAAUACUGCUUUAGCCGAGGAAGCUAGAUCAAUCGCUAUCUGGUCUCUGACCGUUAACAAGGAAUGCUGGAAGAUCUGGGAGAAUCUCUACUAUAGAAAUGUAAAAGUGAGUCUUGAUAUUCUUAAAACACUUGUAGGGAAAUUCCAGGACGGUGCACUUGAGGCAAUGAAUGACCAGAUAUUCUUUUUUUCUUUGUACUUAGCUGCACGAGGAAAUUUACCCCAGCAAGCUACCGCAGUCGCUAUCUGGUCUCUUAACAUAAUCCUUGAUUGCUGGAAGCAGAGGGGCAAUAUCUCUGUGGAUAAUCUAAAAGCUUGUGUUGCUCUUCUUGAACAUCUUGCCGAGAGAUGUAUGGAUCAUUCCCUCAAUCUAUCAUCCUCACCGAGUGAUACUCUUGCAACUUCACCAGGAAGCAAGGCAUGGAAACAAAUCACUCGAAAGAUUUUUACUCUCUCUUUGAAAUUAGCUGGAGAAGUCUUGCAGUGGCAAUCUAAAAGCCAAAGAGGACACUAUUUUGAUGUCAAUUGUGUCACUUAUUUACCCUAUUUCCAGUUCUUGCCACCUGCUGCUGAUGAUAGCAAAGUCAAGGGGAAUCUGGAAGCUAGUGUUGCUCUUCUUAAAAUGCUAGUAGAAGAAUGGAAGGAUCAUUCUCUCAAACUAUCAUCAUCGCCUAGUGAUACUCUCACUCUUGGUCAAACUAUGAAGAGCUUCAUGCUACAGAAUAAAUAUGUCAUCGCUGAAGGACGAGCCAAAGCUUCUCUUUACAAAGAAGCUGACAAGUCCUGCAAAGUGAUCUCGUCUAGACUAUCUCGUGUAAGAAGCAUCAUCAAAGAUACAACCAUUACUGCUAUGGUUCUAGUUGCAGUUGUGAUUCUAGCCGCUGGUAGACAUAACCUAUUUGUGCAUUCGGUUUUUUGGUUUGGUUUAGGUUCGUGUAUUUCGGUGUACAAAGAUUGA